GCUCGAGAAACAGUCAGCAUGUUGCCCAGUUGGUUAACGGAGGCGUAUGUCCAAAAAGCUUUACAAAACUUCCACAAGGACGAUCAGCUCCGAGUAAGGAAAAUAUGGGCCAAACCGGCAACGGAGAAAGGCGAGAACUACGUGGGAGUUAUGACUCGGAUUUAUGUGGACUUUGAACGUGGAGAUGGAACUAAGCUUAAAAGUUCCUAUAUCCUGAAGCAAGGCGUUCCUUCGGAUGCUCCUCAAGCUAAACUAUUUAAGGAAUACGAUGUUUACAACAGGGAACUGGAGAUGUACGACGUCGUCCUCCCCAAAAUGGCCAAGAUUCUCCAAGAGGCCAACUUUAACGAUAAGCUAAUGGCGGAGGCAAUAAUUGUUGAUCGGGAUCGCACGAUAAUGAUUCUCGAGGAUCUGGCUCCUCUCCGGUACAUGAAUGCGGAUAGGGUGAAGCAACUCGACAUGACUCACACCAAGCUGGUUCUCGAUAUGCUGGCCAAGUUCCACGCUGCAGCGAUAGUGCUGAAUCAACGCGAGCCGAAUCUCUUGAGCCAGAACUAUGAUGCACAUUUCUUUUCGAGGAGCAAAAAAGGUUACGGGGAGGUCUUCGUGGGUUUGUUCAGGGCAUUCAUUAGGUACGUGAAUACCAAACCGAAUCUUAAGAAUCGCUACGCGGAAAAGUUGGAGAAUAUCAUCAAAAACUUGAUGGACUACGCCGGCCGAUCUGUCGACGUCGGUGAGAAGGACCUAAAGACAUUAGUUCAUGGGGAUUGUUGGACUACAAACGUUAUGUAUCUGUACGAUGACGAGGGCAAUCCCAUCACUGUCCUGCCCAUUGACUUCCAGUUCAGCAGUUUAACAUCUCCGGUAGUGGAUUUGCAUUACUUCUUCAGUACUUCCCUGAAGACUGAAGUGAAGGACAAAGAAUUAGAGCUGGUCCAGUACCACUAUUACGGCCUGAAAAAGACAUUGGAAGCACUUUCUUACAAAGGCUUAUUUCCAAGCCUUUUUGAGUACCAGCUUCAAUUCGAAAGGCGACGAUUCUUGAGUGUAAUUAUCGCCAACGUAUUCCAACCGAUUAUGGUAUACCACGGUAGCGAGGACUGCGAGUUUAUAAAUCUUUAUCAGGAUACUCCAGAAGGCAUUAAGUUCCAGGACUCGAUGUAUGAAAACGAAGAGAUUCAGAGAAGAAUCGAGACCAUACUACCCUUCCUUGAUGCCAAGGGCUUCUUAGAUGCUCAUUAAUCGUUAAGCUCAUGUAAUAUUGAGUAAUAAAACAAUGUGCUCUGUGUGAAAAAAAAUAUUUUAUAUACGAUAUCAACCAAGUGAACUGCUAUCACGCUUUUAGCACGGACAAACAAAAAUUAAGAUUGUAGGCAUGUUUUCGUCACAAUAAAGUGUUCGAGAACUAGAA